AUGAUCAGCCCUUUCGGAGCUUUUCCCUUCCCAGCUGCUCAUCGAACUUUUCUCGGCACUCCUUCUGGUCCCUUCACCGGCUUUCCUAGGACUUCUCAGGCGUUACCCGGCAUUGGCGGUCUUCAGAGACAAGAAACAAGAAUCAUCGAUGAAGAUAUCAAAGCCGAACUCGAUGAGAAGCAUCUUUGGGAAGACUUUCACAAGAUUGGAACUGAAAUGGUCAUCACCAAAAACGGACGACGAAUGUUUCCAAGCUUCAAAGCAAAAGUAAGCGGCCUCGACCCCCGUGCCAACUAUGUCAUGAUGGUGGACAUCGUUCCAGUCGACGAAAACCGAUACAAAUUUCACAACGGGCGAUGGCUAGUCGCUGGAAAAGCCGACCCGGAAAUGCACCCACGAAUGUUCAUCCAUCCGGAUUCGCCCUGCUCAGGAUCGCACUGGAUGUCCCGGCCAAAUAUUUCAUUUCACAAGAUGAAACUUACCAACAAUAUUUCUGAUCGAACUGGCUCGACAAUUCUCAACUCGAUGCACAAAUACCAGCCCCGAUUCCACAUUGCCAGAUGCGAUGAUCUCUCCAAGCUCUCCUUCUGUUCGUCUUUCUCCAAAACCUUUACCUUCCCCGAGAUGAGCUUCAUCGCCGUCACUGCUUACCAAAACGAGCGCAUCACUCAGCUCAAGAUCGAUCACAACCCGUUCGCGAAAGGCUUUCGCGAUAACGGUCACGCCCGCAAGGACAAGAAACGCUCGGCCUCGAUCAAAUGCGCUCAAGAAAAUGCGAAGAAAAUCAAGCUUGACAGCAGCUGCUCCUCGACGAAUGAAGAGGAGAUCGACGAAAUCGUUGUCGACGUUGAAAAUAUUGAGGACUCCGCCAUCUCGCCCUUCAGCGAGGAAAACAAGCAAGAAGAAAAUCUCGUGAAGCACAAUACUAGCUCCUCUUCCAGCAGCGGUUCUUCCAGUACCCAAGAUCAAUCAGAAGCUUCAAAUCCCGCAAUUGGUGAAAUCAAGGAAGAGAACUCCUCCAACGCUGGUGAUUCUUCCCCAUCGAAUUCUUCCGAAGAAAACUCCAUCGAAACCUCCCGCAGUCUCCCGGUCGAAAGCCUGAACAGCUCUCCAGUCGAGGACAAGCCGUAUUUCCCCCUCUUCCUCGGCGCCAACCCUCUAGCAUCAGCAUACGCCCGACAAAUCCUCCAAUCCGUCCCAAUCGUGCCCUUCACUCCAAUCGUCAAUCCACUCGCGGAAAAAUUAUACCUGGAAGCAAUCCGAGCAAAAUUGCCCAACUUCUGA